GGACUUUGCUACUGCACAUAGCACCUUCCCUACCCCCAACACAACGCAGUUUAUCUAGGUACCUAGCCAAACUCAAGACCUUCCACACCCCUCAGUCAUUGCAAAUGCCGUCCUUGUUCCGAGUCGGUCAGGUGUUGCGAGGCAGUGCUGGCCAUUAUGUGAUUAGCAAGCAGCUGCAGGAAACAGUUUGGCUCGCAAAAAAUCAUGCGCAAGAGCUUGUGGUCAUCAAAAGCGUUCAAGGCCAUUUCAGAGUAGCCAACGAACGGGAUGUGCUUCGCCGUUUCGCUGGCAAAUCACCUCACAUCCGGCCGUUGCUGGAUGAAAUCAUUGAGCCGCCUGAACCUACAGCGAUUGUGUCGCGACACUUGCAGAAUCACCUCUGGCAGGCGUCAGGCGAGAAAACCCUGAACCGGAAGGAAUUGAAGUAUGUGUCUAGGAGGGUGUUGGAAGCCUUGCAGGUCAUGCACGCCGAGGGGUUUGUUCAUGCUGAUGUGAAGCCAGACAACGUCAUGGUCAACUACGGUUCUAACGACAGCGAGAACCGCUUCACUGAUGUCCAAUUGGCCGAUAUGGGCAGCUCUUAUCCGGAAGACCACAAAUACGCCAGGGAGGGCGCUCCCAUUGGGGCAGCCAUCUGGCGCAGUCCUGAGGCUCUGUUCAAGCGGUCUUGGGAUACCAAAACGGACAUUUGGUCGUUUUGGCACCUUGGAGUACCCUUCAAAUUUGACGAUCCUGAAUACGAGUUUGAAGUCCUCAAGCGGCAAGUCCAGUUCUUUGGGCCGUUUCCGGCCAAGUAUAUAGAGAUUACGGAUGACGACACGGCGGAGGUCGUGGUCUGGUUGAUGGAGAACCUUAAAGAGGAAGCCAUUUCUGCAUGUCACGGAGAGAGAGAUUUGCAGGAAGGACAAGGAAUUCAUCGCCUGAAGCUGGAUCCUCGGGACAGGCCGACUGCUGAUGAGAUUCUGGCGCAUGAGUGGUGGCAGGAGGGGGAUGAUUUGGAUCUGAGCUGAUGGUAGAUCCAGGGUUGGAGUCUGCGUCAUCCAUUGAAGAUUUUGUUGUCUAAUAAAGCAUGGGACGUCUUGGGAGGAUGUGGCGCUCCCACAGGCUUUGAGCUGCAGCAAGCUGUGAACAAUGGGAC